AUGUCUCACGACUUUUUUAGUAUUAAGGACCAGGGUAUAGCCCCUGUAUUUCCUGGUCUGUCAGCCCGAAGCAUCCCAGAAAACCCAGAUAUUCAACGUGAGACUCUGCGUUUGCUCCUGCAGUAUUCUAGAGCCUCUUGUCUGCCGUCAGCUCCGGCCACUUCUGGCCAUACGGCUCAAGAUGACUGGCAGACUGAAGUCCAGCCCAGUGAGGCCUCACCUCUCCAAGUAUCACCUCGACCCACGCGUUCAUCAAGUGGUAGCCGUGCCACUCGAUCUUCUCCUUCUCACUCUGUCCCUGCUUCCUCUGGCAGUCCAAUCCGAGUUUCUCCUCGCACUUCUUCGCGCAAUUCCUCCCGUGCUUCCUCCCGCGCUCCCUCUCGACUUCCAUCUCCCCCAACAGUUUCUGUCUCGUCCUCAUAUGGCAUCUCUCCCAGCCAUCGCGAGCGUCAACGAACUCUUAGGGAGAGUGUGGCAAUCUCAAAUGCCAGUAGGAACGAUGAGAUAGUUGCUCCUAUAUUAAAACAACAUUUCUCAUACCCACCCGAAACCAUCUCAUCUGCCUCCAGAACACCACAACCCUCGCGGUCAAUAUCACCGACAGCCGAGCAAAAUCUCAUCCGUCGCUCUAGUCGAAAUAGAGUUAAACCAACCAAUUAUUAUGCCAAUCCUUGGGUCAAUGUUCGUCUUGACUCUGAAGAGCCAGGCACAACUGUUGAAUCUAUUUCGGACCCAGUCGUGUCUGCGCCACAGGAACCGAGCCGGGUUUUACCCCGCCGCGCAAAUGUCCAAAAGCUACUGUACAACCGUGAGCUUGGAGGUGGAAUUAACCGUCCCAUUGUCACUGAUGUGAUCUCGGAUCUGAGACCAUGGAAGUCAUGGCAAGGUGCUUCGGGUGAUCUUCUUGUUUUGGCUUGGUCGCCUGAUGGCACUCAGUUUGCGGCAGGCGCCGCAGCUAAAUCAGACGAACAUAAUAUGCAGUACAACAAAGCCAACAAUCUUCUUUUGGGCGAUCUUCAAAGCAAUCGCCUAAAGGAAAUUCCGGAUCAUUGGAUUCCACGACCAACAUCCUCAACGGUCGAUGACCCGCGGCUUUUCAUGAGCGUUAAUAAUAUGCAGUGGAUUGGUAACCGACUCUACACUGCUAGUUUCGACAAAACUGUCAAAAUUUGGGACGUGGAAUCACUUCGCAAUGUAUCCUGUAUCCAUACCUUGCAGCACGAGUCCCGGGUGGCGGUGAUGUCCGUCUCGAAAUUCAACCCGAAUAUAUUGGCUACAGGGACAGAGUCAAUUUUGGUCUGGGAUACACGAGAUCCGGAAAAUUUAACGUCAACUCUUCUUCCCAUCGACCGCGAUGCACGAUAUAAGCCCAGCUUUGAGUUUUCUUCAACGGCUCUGGCCUGGGGACAUACUCCAUCGACUAAGGAAUUCUUAGCCGGGGGCCUCGCAGAACCAGGGGAAGACCUGAUAUAUAAAGGCCACUUAGGUUUAUGGCGAGCCCGCGAAUCUGCAUUUCAGACCAUCAGAAUUGCGUCCAACUCACAAAAUGUCUUCGACAUUAAGUGGCAUUCUUCAUUGCCCAUAUUUGCCACGGCCAGUCCAGAAGACCCCCACAGCGCACGGAUCAAAGGCAUUGGCAUUACCACGAAAUCCAUUGUGAGGGUAUUUAGCCUCAAUUGUGACCUCCAAAAGCGUGUAUCAUCCAUUAUGGAAUUCUCCUGUCCAGCUUUGGAUGUCAAUGAGGUCAGUUUCUGUCCAAUGGACUCUAAUGGUACAUAUGUCACUGCUAGCUGCACAAAUGGCAAAACCUAUGUUUGGGACAAUCGGAAAGGAGAUAGAAUUCUUCACGAACUUCACCAUAGGGCCCCCCUCAACCCAAUUGAUCACCAGCGAAGCCGGGAGACAGCAGACGUGGGUGUUAGGGUAGCUCUCUGGGGUUCAUCUAUGGACCAGUUUUACACCGGUGCGUCCGAUGGUGUCCUCAAACGAUGGGAUAUUCGCCGGUCAACUGAAGAUGUCCUCGUUGAGGAUGUUGCAUCUUUCGACGAGGAGAUUAUGUGCGCCGCCUUCACCGAAGACCAAUCCCACCUCCUAGUCGGGGGUUCUGGAGGAGGCGUGCAUGUACUAUCAUCAGGACCUUGUUCAGAUCCCAACAUCACGACUUUCGAGUUCGAACAUGCCCCAGAGCCCGAAAAGCCUAGUGAUAGUGGUGUCCUUGCGGGAAAUCAGCUUAUCGCAUCCGGCCAGGUCGUUAGGCAUGAAACAUUUGGUAUGGGCCAAGGGCCCUCUUACACGGGCCCUUUCGCCGCAUGGGCUCGGGAUGUUAAACCAGACCUUUCUGCUGAUCGAAUUAUGCAACUCCCUCUGCUCAAAAAAUAUCAAAUCCAACAAUUGGAUGGACCGCCCCCAGAAGAUCGUCAUGAACUCGAUUUGAAUCAGCGACGUGAGGUCAAAAGACAAAUAAAACUUGCGGAAAUACGAAAUCGACGAUUCCAUAAGAGAAAACGCCAGGAGAAUGAUGAUCCUUCUACGUUCAUACUUAGUGGCCCCGUAUUUUUGCCUUCUCUUGGCUCUUCCCGCCCGGGGAAGAAGAGGAAGAAGAAAGCUGAGAAAGUCGAAGUGAAAAGGAAAAAAAAACAAGAGGAGAAUCAUGAAGAACAUCAAGAUAAGAAAGAUGACCGCGGUGAGAAUGGGGAAGGGAAAGUCAGAAAAAAAUCUCGCAUUAAAAAGAAGGCUCGGAAGGGCUCCCGGAUAAUCAGCAACACUGAAGAUGUUGACCUCACCCUCCUAGACUCAGAUACGGAGGAGACAUCAAACCGACAUCGGUUUGACCUUGAGACACUGCUUGAGGUUCUCGAAGAAGAUAACUGGUUCCCAGCUAGUGGAGAAAUCGAUCCUAAUAUCCAAAAGGAGAUUGCCUAA